UGUUAUCAUUCGGUUGCUGUCGAGUUGCUAGGGAAAAUCCAAUCAAUUAUCGCCCAAGGGGGGAAAAUUCGUAGAGAAAGCUAAAGGCCCAGGGAAAUGGGAAACAAGCUGCGCCGCCAACCACAAAGAGUUGAAGUCGACGAGGAGGUGAGACCCGAGCGCCCCCACAAGAAGCCGACCACGUCCUGGCCCUUCUGGCGCCUGGUCUACUGGCUGGGCGUCCUCCUCAUGGUCAUCGGCAUCGGUGUGGGCAUGUACUUCACCCUGAAGUCGGACUUCGGGGAGUGCUCCUCCUACGACGUCCGCUGCGAUUGAGCGCUCCUGGCGAUACAGAAACUUCCACGGAAAUGGCGGAGUUCAUUAGCCAUCGAACUUCCACUACUUUGGAGCAGCUUUGCCUGCAAAAGGAAUUGUUCCUCAUUUAGCAAGCAUUUUACACAAAUUUAACUAACUCGUCGUAACAUCAACGGAUUGAUCUUCGCUGGAAGGACCUUUUCAUCACCUUUUCACUAGGUAUCAUCAAAGUCUACAUUUUACAGCACUUUACCAAUGAUAAUCAAUAUUGGAUUCAUAUAUAAAGUUAUUCAUUUGCCUGGACUGCUGUUGGAAUUGUGAUAUAACAAGCUUGGUUAUUUCGCAAUCAGCUAGCGUGCAGUCCAAUGCAUGUCAUACAUGGCCUCCCGCAGUCGGAUCUUAAUUAAAGCCGAAUAAAACACCUCCCCACGAAACCAC